CAGCUCGGAGUUUACUGAGCAGGGGGAAUCAGCCCAGCAGAGUAAAUCCUGAAGCUGCUUCAUUCCGCUUCUUUCCGCGUACAAACGGAGCCACUGCAACGGUCACAGUCUCUCCGAGCUUUGGGUCAGCGCAUGCUUGCAGCUGUGUAACCCCCUCUCACCGUAUUACCCGACUUUGUGCAACCUGGAUUCCCGGAGCUGAUCGCCAUGCUUGCCCGGGUUUAGAUUCUCAAUGGAGCUCUCUAACCUAUACGAGGUCGCACCUCGGCCCCUGAUGAACAACCUGAACCAGCAGCCCUCCUCCGGCUACAGAGACCCGGCAGAUCUUGGCGGUGAGAUCGGAGACAACGAGACCUCCAUCGACCUGAGCGCCUACAUCGACCCAUCAGCGUUCAACGACGACUUCCUGGCUGACCUGUUCCACCACAGCUCCCGACAGGACAAGCUCAAAAUGAUGAACGGGGAGUACGACCCGGUGACUUGCGGCCCGGGGCCCCAGCAGCUCUACAUGUCCAACUACAUGGAGUCUAAGAUGGAGCCGCUUUACGAUCACAACCCUCCACGCCUCCGACCGGUGGCUAUCAAGCAGGAGCCCCGGGACGACGAGGACAUGAACCCGGGCAUGCCCCCCACCUACCACCACCCGCACCCGCACCCCCAGCAGUACUCCCAGCAGCAGCAGAUGCCGCACCUCCAGUACCAGAUUGCGCACUGCGCACAGACCACCAUGCACCUCCAGCCAGGGCACCCUACACCUCCGCCGACCCCAGUGCCCAGCCCGCACCAGCACCAACACUCGCACCCGCACUCGCAGCAGGGCGGCAUGAAGCUCCUAGAGCAGCAGAGGGGAGGCGGCAAAUCCAAGAAGCACGUUGACAAGAACAGCCCGGAAUACCGGCUGAGGCGCGAGCGCAACAACGUGGCCGUGCGCAAGAGCAGGGACAAGGCCAAGAUGCGCAACAUGGAGACGCAGCACAAGGUGGUGGAGCUGACCGCCGACAACGAGAGACUGAGGCGCAGGGUGGAGCACCUGACCCGCGAGCUGGACACGUUACGGGGCAUCUUCAGACAGCUGCCGGACGGUUCCUUCAAACCCAUGGGAAGCUGAGAGCCUCCCGAGCCGGACCGGGAGCAGACUGGACAUGGACUGGUACACUGCUGGAUUUAUACACACAGCUGGUUCCGUUCGUCCGGACGGACUGAAAGCGGUGAGGAGACUGAGGCAGCUGAGCUGUUCACUGCUAAAACACCCGACUGAACGGAGUCCUCGCGAUCACACUUUCUCCUCAGACUAGAAAAAAUAGCUCCAAAGUUUCUGUGUGAAAACGAAAACCAAAGUGCAGACAGGCUGUACGCAGAAAACAAACUUGAAGCCACUUUGGUUUUUCUUGUUUCAGGAAUUUUCCGGAAGAUGCUUCAAAAAACAGGACUGAUAAACUUUUACUGGAAACAGGUGAAUUAAUCUCACCAUCAUCUCACUGACUGAGCUCUUCGGAGAAAGACUUGCGCUCACCUUCAGGAGAAAGAGUGACUCGUUCAGUCGGUAUAUUUUGUUUUUGUUUUGUUGUUGGUUUCUUUUUUUGCAGUGUUCAUGUGCCUUUUAAAACUUUUUGUGCAAAAGCCGAUAAGCUCGUCCCCCCUGCAGAUCCACACAACAGAGGACUGGCUGUUUUUGUGCCUUACCCCCGUACAGACUGAGAGACUCGACCCCACAUAUCAGUGCAGCUAAGGUAGGGCACGGCGGUGACGAGCCCGGACCAGCCUGUUGUGCACGUAGUUCCUGAAUUAUUUUGGUUUGUUUUAUACAAAGUUACCGUCUCUACCAACUGAUGAACUUGUCUUAGAGCUAUGAAACUCAACCUGUAUGUAUGUUUAUUUCCAUGAUAUAACUGCAUGGAUUUGUGCUCAUUUUCUCCUGUUUGUUCUUUGAGGAGGCGUGCGGGGUGUUGGCAGGUUUGUGUGUUCUAAUAAUCUGAUCACGUGAUGCAACCCCCCCCCCCCAGAUAAAACAAAUCUGAAAUUGUUUCUUUUUAAAAAGUAAAGUAUUUAAGUUUUUUGUUCACUGACACACUGUCAACCACAAUACUGAAAGCUUGUACCUCCACUCUUAAGAAGUGUAUUAAUUAAGACUAAAUGAAUACCUAAAAAAGGCCCAAAUACAUUUUUUCUUAGCUUCCUAAUACUCAAGAAGGUGUGGAGAUACAAGUUUCCCCCCCUGUUGAUUUAAGCCAAAGUAAAAUACAAACUAGGAAAAAAAAGAAAGAAGAAAAAAGACUGGAAUUGAAACUGUGGUACCUGCUGUCUAGGGGGAAACCACGUAUCUGCAGGAGAAGCCUGAUGGCAGCUGGUUCAAUGGGAUUCUGCAGAAACGUGGUUCCUCUGAAGACACUGAAGCAGCUCUCUGUAUGCACUAUUUGUCGAAGCACAGCUUUGUUGUCUCACACAUGAUGGGUACUGAUCUGAGCAGAAAAAAAACACGCCUGGCUCUGUGCACAUACCUGUUUUUAUGUGUUUGUUCAUUCUGAGAAAGAUAAAAAAUAAAUAAAUGUGAACAGGGUUUCUAUGCAACAUGGUAGUUAUCUUCUUCCUCUUCCCCGCUGUUGAAUCAUAGCUCAUGCAGCAGUGCCUUCUGCUCCUCUGAGUUGACCUUUGACCUUUAGCUGGUCUUUUGAGAAAGAUUUUAAGACAUUUGUGUCAGUGAGGAAGAAGGAAGCACUUUUUUUUUUUUUUUUACAAACUCUGAUGUUAAACCAACAUUUGUUUCAAAUUUUACGUCUCAAUUGUAAAAUAAGCAUAUAUAUAAAUAUAUAUGAAUAAAUAUAUAUAUAAAAUACCAAAAAAUCUGAAAUAUUAUAAUAAAAGAAGCUCGUUUUAUCAGAUUCUGUUUGUGCGUUUGGAUUUAUUUCUCCAUUUACUUCUCUUGUUCCUGCAUCAAGUUCAUUGUAUCUCUUCAGUUUCUUGCAGUCCAUAGGGGGCGCUCAGCCAGAAAUGCUUCAUAUCAGGUUUCAUUCUUCAGCAUGAAUAAUGGUAAAGGUGCAGUCUGCAGCGCUGCGACUUCUACAGUGACGUCUGACUGUCAUAAAAGUGAAGAAAAUCAUCAGAAAAUCAGAAUUUUUCUGACAGCUUUGGUUCCUGUUUUUUUCUCUGCAUGUAGGUCUCGCAUGCAAACACAUGAUUAGUAAUUUAUAUGAUGUACAGAAAGAUAGACGGUCAGAAAAAUCUCCACCUCGAGCCGCUGCAGCGGUAAAAUGCACAUCUCAUAUUCUCUGCACAUAUUUUAGUUGCAUUCAGGAGAGACGGUCACAGCCCGGACUGUUAAAUUACUGCAUCAAAGACCUCAUUGUGCAGAAAAACAUUCUCUGGCAUUACAGCAGCAUUAAUAUGUAUUUUGCAUUUUAGUGGUGAACGUGUUGAAAGUUCUACUUUAAUAUCACCGACGAACAACAACACGCUCAGGAAUUUAUUCCUAGUUUAAUGCACCGGAUUAGACAUGAAGAAAGGUCCCUGUUGUGGUACUGAGUCUGUGAGCCGGGCUGGCUGAGCGUCUGGACUCAGAUUUUUUGAAUGUUCGAUGUGAUUCUCAGAUUCGUGGUUAUUUUUACGUCAUGUGUUAAGCGUGUUUCGGUUAGUCCUCAGAUCCUUGUGGUUUUUGAGUUUUUUCUCUCUCUGUGUUUGGUCUUCUCCUGUGUUCAGUCAGCCCAGUUUUCAUCUUGUUUAUCUCUUGUCUCCAUGUUUGGUGUUCCCUUUCCGUCUCCCAGUCAGUCAUGUCCCCGUGUCUGCUUCACCUCGGUCCCUCUGCUGAGCCUUAGUCUUGGUCUCCGUGUUUAUCUUACUUCCUGUUUUAUUUUGACAGUCUCUUGUCCUGUAUACAGUGUGUUAGUUACAGUUAGUUCUAGCUGUGUUCCCACCUGUUGCCCAUCCUCUUGAUAUCCUGUGGGUAUUUUGGUCCUCAGUGUCCCUCUGCUCGUUGCCGGGUCGGUCCCGUUUCCCUGUGCUCUGUAGUUUCCAGAGUUUUUGCAUUUAGUUUGAGUUUCUAAGUACAGCAAUAAAGAUGCCUCCUUAAGUUAAUUCACUUGUCUUGGCGUCCUGCGUUUGGUCCUGCCUUGCCUGCCACACAGUCAGUGUAAUUUAUGUACGUAAGCAGUACAGCAUAACAAAAUUCAUGAUGCACGAUAAGGAAUAUGAACAAAUCCUCUCUGAUUAUCUGAAGGAAGUAAAUAGCAUUCAGCAGCACAGCUCCAAUUAGAUGUGCGCUCAUGUUCAUCUGUUUGAGUCAGAAAUGAAUUAUUUGUCCUGCUGGAUGGCCGAGCAGGCGCGACUGUCCUUCAAUGUCAGAUUGCAUGUGACACAUGCAAGAAGAUUUGAUGUCUCUCUCCAACAACAGACAGUUACAGUGCACACAUGCCGAAUAUUUUUUUUUUAAAUGACUCAAACUAGUGGCAGUUUGGCAGAAAACGAACACAAACUACAGAAAAGUUUCCUUAAUGUUUCGAUCGGUUAAAGGAAGUGGUUGAACGUGGAGGUGACCUUUUUUCACUACUUUCUUUGUCGUCUUCCCAGCAGAGACCACGACGUUUCCUCGUCACCACCUGCAGACGAUAUAAAUAAAUUUGUGAUUUUAGCCCCUUUAUUUUGUUGGCCUACCUUCUGUGCACCACGUCUAGGUUUUGGCAGCGAGUGCUGAACCCUGUGCUACUGCUGCUGCUCUUGGUUGGCUGUGCCGCUGCAGCUGUGGUGACCUGUGUGAUAGAUUAACCCCGGCAUUAAACAUCUGCAUUCAGAUUGUAUAAUACAGAGGUUUGAGGAAAAGGAAGAAAGAGAGGAAAAAAAUCACAGUGGUAAUUUUGCGCCUGACUGUUUGUGUAAUUUGUAGCCUGUCAGAACUACACAUCU